AUGACACGCACUUAUCAAGUGCUUUUUUAUCCAUCGGAUAAUAGUAUUGAAAUGUUUGAUGUUAAAACUCGUCGAACAUUUCUUAAGCGUACUAAAAGUGAAGCAACAAAAUUAGCUGAGUUUUUUAUUGGCAAUACAAUAAAUAUAUUUUCUCGUUCAAUAAAAAUUGUUGAUUUUGGCGAUGCAUUUACUGCUCGAUGUGUCGGCAAAAAUCAAGAAAGAACUUUAGCAAUUAUAAAACCAGAUGCUAUACGCAAUUUAGGUGAUAUAAUAAGUGCUAUUUACGAAAAUGGUUUUACAAUUGCACGUAUGCGAAUGAUUAAAUUAUCACAAAAUGAAGUGAUGUAUUUUUAUGGAGAACAUAAAGCAAAAGAUUUCUUUCCACGAUUAGUUGAAUUUAUGACAAGUGGACCAAUUGUUGCUAUUGAACUGGUUGGAUCUGAUGCAAUUAAUCGUUGGAGAAGUAUGAUUGGACCAACUGAUUCAUUAAAAGCAAAAGAACAAAGUUCAUAUUCACUUCGAGCACGAUUUGGCACAGAUGGUACAAGAAAUGCUUUACAUGGAUCAGAUUCAGCAACAAGUGCUCAACGAGAAAUUUCAUUCUUUUUCGGUUCAAAAUAUGGUACUAAUACAGCUUGUUAUAAUGAUACAACAUGUUGUCUUAUUAAACCACAUGCAGUUGCUGAAGGAAAAGCUGGACAAAUUAUUAAUGCUAUUCUUACUGCUGGUUUUCAAAUUUCUGCUAUUGGCACUUACAGUUUAGAUAAAGUUAAUGCUGAAGAAUUUCUCGAAGUUUAUAAAGGUGUUGUUCAUGAAUAUCCUAAAAUGGUUGAAGAAUUGAUGUCAGGUGCAUGUAUUAUUCUUGAAGUUCGUUGUCAAAAUGCUCAAGCAGUUUUUCGAGAUUUUUGUGGUCCAGCUGAUCCGGAAAUCGCUCGUCAUAUUCGUCCGAGAACAUUGAGAGCUCUAUAUGGAAAAGAUAAAGUGAAAAAUGCUGUUCACUGUACAGAUUUAGCUGAAGAUGCAACACUAGAAGUUGAAUAUUUCUUUCGAAUUUUGGACAAUUAA